GGCGGGCUCUGCAGGGAAGUGCGUCAGAGGAGGCGCGGGGAGAGUAGGGUGCUGUGGUUUGAGCUUGAGAGUGAAGCUGGCGGAGCAGGAGGAUGGGCGUGUGCAGGUGAUAGACUAGAGAACAAGACCUCUGUCUCCGUAGCAUCCUGGAGCAGUCUGAAUGCCAGAAUGGAUAACCGUUUUGCUACAGCAUUUGUAAUUGCUUGUGUGCUUAGCCUCAUUUCUACCAUCUACAUGGCGGCCUCAAUUGGCACAGACUUCUGGUAUGAGUAUCGAAGUCCAGUUCAAGAAAAUUCCAGCGAUUUGAACAAAAGUAUCUGGACUGACUUUGCUAGUGAUGAGGCAGAUGAAAAGACUUAUAAUGAUGCACUUUUCCGAUAUAAUGGCACAAUGGGAUUGUGGAGACGGUGUAUCACUAUACCCCAAAACACAUACUGGUAUAGUCCACCAGAAAGGACAGACUCAUUUGAUAUGGUCACAAAAUGUAUCAGUUUCACACUAAAUGAGCAGUUCGUGGAGAAAUUUGUUGAUCCUGGAAACCACAAUAGUGGGAUCGAUCUGCUUCGGACCUAUCUUUGGCGUUGCCAGUUCCUUUUACCUUUUGUUAGUCUAGGUUUGAUGUGCUUUGGGGCUUUGAUUGGACUCUCUGCUUGUAUCUGCCGAAGCUUGUACCCCACCAUUGCCACAGGCAUUUUCCAUCUCCUUGCAGGUCUGUGUACACUGGGCUCAGUGAGCUGUUACGUUGCUGGAAUUGAACUACUCCACCAGAAGCUAGAGCUGCCUGAGAAUGUGUCUGGCGAAUUUGGAUGGUCCUUCUGCCUGGCUUGCGUCUCAGCUCCCUUACAGUUCAUGGCUUCUGCUCUCUUCAUCUGGGCCGCUCAUACGAACCGGAAAGAGUACACCUUAAUGAAGGCAUAUCGUGUGGCAUGAGUGGGAAGCUACCUGCUUUACAAUUGCCAUUUUAAUGAUUUUUUGAUAUUAAUAUUUUCCCUUAUCUGCCCCCCAUUGUUUUAAAUUUAACUCUUUUUUUAAUGGGUAUACCAUUUUAUCCUGAAAAUCCAUUUUAUUUAUUCAUGCAGACAGUUGUUUCUUAAAACCACUAAAAUUUAUAUGGAACCUGAGUGAUUCCAUCUUUCAGUCAAACUAAUCUAGGUUCAGAGUCCAGACAAAAAAAAUGGGUAAACUCUUGGCACAAAUUUGUGAAAGAAAAUUGGUAGUAGGAGGUUGACCCAAAGCAAGUUCUGCUGAGGUCUGUUGGAUAAAGUAUCUGUUUAACUGGAAACUCUAGGUUGUUUGGGAAACAAUCAUUGUCAAAACUUAUGUUCACUUUGCUGUUGUAGAUAGCCAGUCAGCCAGAGGUGUUAGUGCUGUUUUCAAGGGCUUAGGCUAUCUAAAAUAAGGAAAUUAUCUAAGAUCUUUUUCUCUAAAUAUUGGCAUAUAACUUCAUCUGAGGUGAAAUAUCUUCAGUUGUUUAUCUGUACUGUGUCUGUUUACAAGAAAGGAAGUGUUUACAUGGAAUUUUAACUUUGUAACUGCAAGAAUUCCAGUUCAGCCAGAGAAGAGCAUUAACCUUAUUUUACUUUUUUU